AUGGCGUCCCUGAAGGAAAUUCUAACGCGUCGGCCAGUGGCGGCGACAGUCCGUCUCACCAUCCCAGCCGGCGGAGCAAGACCUGGACCACCGGUAGGUCCGGCUGUAGGUCAGUACAAAGUUAACCUAAUGGCGUUCUGCAAGGACUUCAACGCUCGCACACAGAAAUACAAAUCGGAAGCUCCAAUCGCUGCUACUGUGACUGUUUUCAAAGACAAUACUUUUGAAUUGAGCGUUCGUUCUCCUUCAGUCACCUGGUUUCUAAAAAAAGCCGCCGGAAUUGACUCCGGGAGUGGACGUGCAGGUCAUGUUGUUGCAUCAACCCUAACCCUAAAACACAUCUAUGAAAUCGCAAAGGUGAAGCAAGCAGAUCCGUAUUGUCAGUACAUGUCCUUGGAGGCGAUUUCAAAAUCAAUUAUAGCGUUCAAAACUUGGAAAUCUCGAAAGUCAAUCAAGCACCGGCUAGGCGGUCUCUGUUAUCUUUUCCGGAUUUCUUCUCAUGCAUGUACACAUGGCUGCCUGCUGCCAUUCUGUUUUCCCUCUUUAUCAAGUAAUCAUGACACUGCCCUUGUUGCUGCAUUGGAUGGUACAAUCAAUUUGGUGUAUCGUGAUUCUGGGAGGAUAAUUUGGUCAUUUGCAUCAGGAUCUCCAAUCUACUCUUCAUACCAGGCUUCUACCAGCCAUGAUGAUGAUAAGGAAAGUGCACCUGUGCCUGAAGGCAGUUAUUAUGUAGACUGUGGGGAUGAUUGGAAGCUGUAUGCACACACAGAUCUUGGCAAAGUGAGUAUGGAUAUGACCAUGGAGGAAUUCAUCAGAAUCAUGCCACACGUAUCAGAGGAUGGAGGAGUUAUUCUUGGAUCCAAAAAAACUACUGCAUUUGUAGUUGAUGCUAACACUGGAAGGUUAAUACGUGUUCAUCACAGCUCAUCAACCAAUGAACACUCAAAUUUCAUCUUCCAAAAAACCACCAUGAAAAAUGAAAAGUCAACUAUGGUCAAUGAAAAACCUGAUAAACAAUUCUCCUUCACAAGAACAGAUUACUUACUCACAUCAUUUGCUGCAAAUUCUGACAAAGUUCUAUGGAAUGUGACUGUAGCAGACAUUGAUGUUGCUUUACUUUGUCAAGAACCUCCAAAUAAAAUCAUUCGUCCGUCUUUACCUCUCCCAAAUAAUCUUCGCUCAAAAUCCAGUGUUGACUUUGACUUUGACUUUGACUUUGACUUCAACAUGCCCUUGUCAUGCCAGUCAAAAGCUGUUGUCCAUAGGCUACGUACAUCUCAUAAGCUUGGUUCUUAUAAAAUCCAUGGAAAACAAGCAGAAAAAAAAGUUCCAAUCCUUCUACUCCCUCAAAAUAAACCUUUACUACCCAAUUCAAACAAUAACCUUGACACCCAAAACCCCGAAAUCCCUAGUCAACAAGAUGUGAAAAAAGUCAACUUUCUUUCCGAAGGGCGAAUGGCGUUUGUUGUAAUUUUCAUUCUGAUUAUUGCCAUUGGUGGUCUUAUGUAUCGCCAUCAUACCAUAAUGGCUGCAAUGUUGAAACAAAAACCUUCCUCUUCUUCUAGAAGGAAGAGGCAUAGGAAACAAGGAAGGAUUUAUGCCAAUGAAGAUGGAAAUGUUGAUAGUGAAAGAAAUCCAGUGCUAAAUUUUAAUCAUUUAAUCGAAUGUGACACAGAAGGGCGUUCUAUAGGCAAACUAUUUGUGUCAAAUAAAGAAAUUGCAAAGGGUAGUAAUGGAACAGUUGUUCUUGAAGGGGUAUACGAAGGUCGUAAGGUUGCUGUGAAACGCCUCGUGAGGGCCCACCAUGAUGUUGCAUUUAAAGAAAUUCAAAAUCUUAUUGCUUCUGAUCAACAUCCAAAUAUUGUUAGGUGGUAUGGAGUGGAAUAUGAUCAUGAUUUUGUUUAUCUUUCUUUGGAGCGUUGUGCUUGUAGCCUUUAUGAUUUAAUUCAAAUGAAGAAAGGGGUUUAG